AUGGGCGUGACAGAUUGCAUACUUUAUCUUACAACCCCCGAAUUUGUUCCUUGCUUGGUAGCAGGGAUCUUGUAUGGCAUUGGUGCUAUUAUUCUUUACGACAAGUCAAAGCGACACAAGUUCUUUUUAUCUUACUUUUAUCUUGGCAGUGGAGCAUUGCUCUACUCCGUUGCCGAGGUGUUUGAUCUUGUGUGGAACCGCAGCGAGGGUGAAAAGAGCGACUUUCCAUUACACGCAUCACUUUUACUACUCACCUUUGGUGGCACAUUCUUCCUCCUUGCACUGUUUCGAUUAUUAGAAACAUGGCAACAAGUGGGUAUGCGUGAAGGACGGAGGUCAUUGUCAAUGCUAGCCCCUGGUGCUAUCCUGAUAGCCAUGUUGAUAUCCAUGGUGGGUGACGUAUUGAUGGUACAGCAAGAUCAAGCAGCUGAGCACGAUGAUGAGGAUGUUGCCAAGACACGUGUGGCGCUUCAGUUACAAACCGCAGGUGCUGUGAUGAACUUAGUGAUCCUGGUUGUGUUCUUUGUAUUCCUUGGGAGUUUGGCACGUCGUAGGAAGGGGCAAUCAGUACUUGCCAUCGUGUUGGCAUGCCUUGGAGGGUUGAUCUUGAUUCGUUGGGUAUAUAACAGCUACUUGCUUGGUAGCAUGUUGAUGCAUGUUAUGCAAGCUGAGGAUGCCGAUUAUAGUGUGGAUCUUCCAGGUUGGCCAGUCUUUAUCGGCUUAUUCAUCGUUCCAGAGAUAUUGGCAAUCGCUUUGUCGAUCUUGUACGACUUGACCCAGGUCAAAAAUGGUGUGGAGCAACUUCAACACCAUGGCUUUGUUCACUUGAACGAGGCGCAGGGCAUGCAGCACGUAUAA